CGCCCCGGGCCCCCGCAGCGGCCCUGCCCUGCUCCCCGCGAGCCUCGGGCUGAAGAGGCUGUAUCCCCUCGCGGUAGUAAAGAAUGCGCGGAAAUAUGCGCAAAGGCGAGUGACAGAUGUGCCCUGUGCUUUAGCUUCUCAGGGCGGUGUUAGCAAGGCCAAGAAAUCUAGAGAUUCCAGUUGAGACCAAGUUGGCAGCCAGAUGAGGAGCAGCUCUUAUCAACAGCAACAUUGACAGAACCUGUGUUUUAGAAAAGGACGGAUGGCUUUGAGUCUAGGCUGGAGAGCAUUUGCACCGUUUCCCAUGAACAACCGCUGUGCUGUCUUUCUGAAGGCUGCGAGAAGCUGUGGUCUUCCCUUGUUUCCCCAGGGCCACUGCCCUUGGAGAGGAACUGGACGCUUUUUGGACCCUGAGAUGAAAGCUUUCCUGGAGGAGAACACUGAAGUCACCAGCAGUGGCAGCCUCACCCCCGAAAUCCAGUUGCGGCUUUUGACCCCCAGAUGCAAGUUCUGGUGGGAAAGAGCUGACCUGUGGCCCCACAGCGAUCCUUACUGGGCAAUCUACUGGCCAGGAGGCCAAGCCCUGUCUAGGUAUCUUUUGGAUAAUCCUGACAUUGUCAGAGGAAAAUCUGUGUUGGAUCUUGGGAGUGGAUGUGGGGCUACAGCUAUUGCUGCUAAGAUGAGCGGGGCAUCAAGGAUCUUGGCCACUGACAUAGACCCUAUUGCAGGAAUGGCUAUCUUACUGAAUUGUGAAUUGAACCAACUGAAUCCUUUUCCUAUUUUAACCAAAAACAUUUUGGAUUUGGAACAAGAUAAGUGGGACCUUGUUGUGCUUGGAGAUAUGUUUUAUGAUGAAGACCUUGCAGAUAGACUUCAUCGAUGGCUGAAGAAUUGCUUUUGGACUCAUAGAACUCAAGUACUUAUUGGUGACCCUGGACGACCCCAGUUCAGAGGACACAGCAUUCGGCAUCAACUGCACAAAGUGGUAGAAUAUUCACUUCCAGAACCUACUAGGCAGGAAAACAAUGGACUGACAACAAGCACAGUGUGGAAUUUCCAGCCUUGAGUUAUCAAAGUGCUUCCAAGUAUGGAUAUAGCUAUGUGUGGGUUUAUCCCUAAAAGACUCUCCAGUUUAAAGAAUGCAAUGUCUAUUAAAUGGCAAAUCUUAUUUCCAAAAUAUGAAGGUUUAAAGUUUUCUCAGCCUUUGGGGCCAGCCAAGUGGCUCAGUUGGUUAAGAGUUGGCUUAACAGCGCGAGCUCUGAGCAACAGGGCCACCAGUU